AUGUCUGGGGGACCCAACUCUGGCGGAAUUUCAAUCGAUAUGUGGUCUGCCGAGUCCGGCACAUUCCGCGUCAAGACCCGCAACAUACAGACUGACUCGAGUAAUACGAUAAAUGCUGGCGGAAGCACAUACUGGAGCUACGACGACCUGAUCAACGUCGGCUUCAAAGAAGGCGACUCAUGCUGGGUGUCAGUCGAUAUCGAUGGUGGGGAAACCAACCACGAAUCCGGGAACAAUUUCACUCUUGCCCAAAAUUGGCCCAUUUUGACCUAUGGUCUAAGGGGUGGCCUCUGGAAUCCGUCGUGGGACGGGCCACAGUGA